AUGCCCUUUGAGCAACCACAUGCGGGCGCGGAGCGUCCCCCACUCGACCCUCCGUCUGGCAGCAAUGGUCCAGCCCUAAGUAACUCCAGCGCACCGGGACAAGAGUCUUCUCCCGGACCCUGGGACUCAGCCCCGGUUUCCGGGCGGUCGUCCUUCACCAACACGAGGACCUACUCGACCCCGGUGACUGGCGCGCAAACGCCGGAUCCACUGCUGGGCAAGAAGACGGUCGUCGACAAGCAGGCACUGCAGAAUCUGUCACAGACCAUCUCACACCUCGGCGACGCGGACAAUGGCUACGAGCUGGAUUCCGUCGGCCGUCGUCAUCUGACCAACCGAAAACCCUCGGUAUCUCGUGUUCGGGAUGUACCCGGUGAGCCGACAUCCCCGAAACGCGCGAAGCAGGGCAUCCCACCCGAGAUCAGUAGCUUCCCCGCCGAGAUUGUCCUGAUUAUGGUCUGCUCGGCUGGUCUGAUGUUGUUUUCGUUCCUUCUCGGUGACAUGCUGGCUCCGCAGGAGCAGAUGAAGGAAGCGCUCGGUAUCACUAACACCCAGCUGCCCUGGAUCGUGGGUGCGUUCAACACGGCGAAUGGUCUCUCGGUGGUCAUCUCCGGCUCUCUCACUGACCUUAUGCCUCCGAAACUCCUGAUGGUCGGCGCCUUUGCAUGGCUGGCUGUCUGGAACGUCGUCGGGGCUUUCUCGCUACACCCAUCACGGUAUAUCCUGUUCUUCGUCGUGCGCGCAAUGCAGGGACUGGCAAUUGGCGUGUUGGUCUCAGGCAGCAUGAGUAUCCUCGGCCGGGUCUACACGCCGGGCAUUCGCAAAAACCGAGUCUUCUCGGCUAUGGCGGCGACUGCUCCAUUCGGGUUCUCACUGGGAGCCCUGCAAGGGGGCGCGCUCUAUGCACACCUACCAUGGAUUUUCGGGUCAAAUGCCAUGAUCUGUGCUCUUUGCUGUGUAGCCGCCUACUUCAGCAUCCCGCCCCUCCGUCCAGUCGCCGAUGUCGCCGGCACCGAAGCGCCGACGCUCCGCCAGUUUGAUUAUAUCGGAGGAUUCUGCGCCGCCGGAGGCUGUGUCUGUCUACUCUUCGGGCUGACCCAAGGCCCCGUUGCAUCAUGGUCUCCCUAUACCUACGCGCUUAUCAUCGUGGGCUUCGUCUUACUCGCGGGGCUCUUCUUCGCCGAACGAGCUGCCGUGCGCCCUCUCAUCCCGAACCGGCUGUGGCGCACACCAGGCUUCACGCCGCUGAUGGUCGCGUACUUCCUCGGGUUCGGGUCGUUCUUCGGCGCAUGGCAGUUCUACGCGAUCCAGUUCUGGCUGCGCAUCCAGCACGCGACGCCCAUCGCCGUGGCGCUCUAUCACAUCCCGAACGCGCUCGUGGGCGUCCUAGCCACGUGGGUUGUCAGCCGUACGCUGCAUAUUCUCCCGGGCCACUAUAUCUACGCCGCGUCUAUGUUCGCGUUCACGCUCGGCCCUGUCUUCUUCAUCCCCCAGACCCCCAACACCAUUUACUGGGCGCUUUCGUUCCCCGGCGUGGCGCUGGUGACGUUCGGUCCGGAUUUGGCGUUCGCUGCGGCGUCGAUCUUUAUUACGAGCAAUGUCUCUCGCUCUUACCAGGGCAGUGCGGCGAGCCUGCUGGUUACGAACCAGAACCUUUCCUCUGCUAUUAUGACUAGUGUGGCGGAUGCGAUUGGGACUCGUGUUGAUCGGGGCCCGUCUGGGGAGAUCGGGCUCGAUGGGCUGCGGGCGAUUUGGUGGUUCGCGUUUGGGACGCAGCUGGCUGCGGCGUUGGUGACGGUGAUUUGGGUGCGGAUCCCCAAGGAGGAAGAAAAGGAGCAUGUAACAUGA